AUGGCUCUGUAUAGUAAUGGUCAAUACAAGGCAGCUGAAAAGCUGGACGUGGAAGUGAUGAAGGCGAGGAAGAGAGUGCUUGGCGACGAGCAUCCUAACACGCUUUUUAGCAUGAACAACCUAGCGUCAACGUACUCGAGCCAAGGGCUAUGGGGCAAGGCCAAAGAGCUGCAAGUGCAAGUGAUGGAAGCGAGGAAGAGAGUACUUAGCGAUGAGCAUCCUUACACGCUGAUUAGCAUGAAUAAUCUCGCCUUCACGCUUCAGUCGCAAGCUCGCCACGAGGAGGCUCUUGCACUAAUGGUACACUCUACCCAGAGUUAG